AUGACGGAAUUUUCUCAAUCCCUUCCACUAGGAGACAACACACUGGACGAGCUCCUAGGACGCCAUCAUCAUCAACAUCCGGUGGUCUUUACAACGCCCAAGGGCUCACAAGUGCUGCGGGCCGGUAGUAGGACAACCAGGACAUCCCAAGCGGCAGCAACGGCCGCACAAGCCCAUGAGCCGAUCGAAAACGAAGUGAUCGAGGAAUCUCCGACCGCAACCGUUGGUGUUGGUAACGCUAGCAACAAAAAGUGUCCAAAAACAGGCAAUCUUACCGGUCGCAAACGGUUAAAACCGAGGGCAACACAAAGCCGAAGAGAAACCAGGCAAACCAGUGGGAGGAAGGACGAGCCUCCGGGUACGGCCAACAACUAUACGGAUCUGUUCAAAAGUGAUCUGGAAAUCGAUACACAAACAAUCACCGGUAACAACGGUGGUGAUCGUUUGCUAAAGCGACGACCACAAGCUGGUUCCAUUUCACCGAUACCUGGCAAUGAGGAACCGUCGCCCGAGAAGCAACCCCGGAAGGACCAAGAACUGGCAGAGCUGUUCCAGAGUGAUACGUUCUCGAUUUGUGACUUUCAGGAGCCGGAGAUCGCACAGAAGGGCGAUACUCGUUCGCAUGAGCAUCAUGACAGCAGCUUACGUACUUCCCUGUUCGAUGAAAGCGAUUUCUCGAUCGAGCGGAGAAGGAGUCAACGGCGCUCGGUUCAGGAUGGUACCCCCGGGGAAGCCAGCCAGUUCGAGGUGUUCAGUGAAACCCUCUUCGAUCGGGCUCUGCUGUCCAGUGCGCAGCUGCUUGACGGCGAUGAGGAUGAUGAAGAAGAUGAGCUGCUGCUGUCCAGCGGUCUCGAGGAAUCGCUACGUGUCGAUGAAACUGCGAACGCCACCGAUCUGCAGCUGAACGUAGAGAACGUGACGUUCUCGCAACCCCUCGGUACCGUUGGAUUUGCUGGCCUGAAUGGGACAGAUAAGAGCGAUGCUCAUCCGCAAGCCUGGCAGGAACCGGUGGACCGGAUCUUCUCGGGAACGGAUACGCGGAACAGUCUCCUCGAGUUGGAACGAUCUACAAGGCACUCCGAUGCGAGUGGUUAUGACAGUGCGCUGUUUUCGGAGAGCUUAAAUGAUUCACAGUCGGUCCGGAAAGAGGUGUCGGUAAAGGAGAAUUCAAAGCUCGUACCGGUACACAGCCAGCAACCAUCGCCCAGUAUGAGCUUCGAUCAGACGAAAGAUUUGCGUCUGCUGUCCAACUGGGGCUUACCGGAAUCCGUGCAGCGCCAGUACGCCAAAAAAGGGAUCGUUGAGUUAUUCCCCUGGCAGGUGGAAUGCCUUUCUCGGAAAGAGGUGCUCCUAGAAGGCCGCAAUCUCGUCUACAGCGCCCCAACCUCGGCCGGCAAAACUCUCGUCAGUGAGUUUUUGCUCGCCAAAACGAUCGCCGAACGUCGUCGCAAGUGUCUUCUGAUACUCCCAUUCGUGGCGGUGGCUCGCGAAAAGACACACUACCUCCAACAGCUGCUCGGGCCCGGUGGUUGGCGUGUUGAAGGCUUCUACGGUGGUUCACACCCACCCGGCGGUUUCGAAUCCGUCGAUCUAGCCGUCUGUACGAUCGAGAAAGCAAACUCGAUCGUAAACCGAUUGCUGGAACAAUCGAACCUUGCCACCAACCUUGGACUUGUGGUCGUCGAUGAGGUGCACCUGAUUGCCGAUCCUUCCCGGGGUUACAUCCUAGAACUGUUGCUCACGAAGGUGCGCUUCGUGGCACGGCAAGCACAAGCAACCAUCCAGAUCGUCUGCAUGUCGGCGACACUACCGAACGUGGAACUUUUGGCCCGGUGGCUUGAUGCGGACCACUACCACACGGAUUAUCGUCCGAUCGAACUGGUCGAGAUGAUGAAAAUCGGUGAUACGGUGUACGGUGCUGCGGCAGGUAGUGGUGGUGGUCAGGUCGCGAUACGGCGUCUCGAUGGAACGCUGCUCGGUUGUCCAAUCACCAAAGAUCCGGAACAUGUGACGCUGUUAACGCUGGAAACGCUGCUCGAAGGUUGCUCCGUCAUUGUUUUCUGUCCUUCGAAGGAUUGGUGCGAACAGUUGGUCCUCACGCUGGCCAGUACGGUACACACACUGAAAAAGGACAGUCCCGAUAGAGCACACCAGAUCCUGAGAGAGCGUUUAAACGAACAACUCGAUGGGACGAAGCAGGAAGAAGUGCUACUGCAGCUGCGGAACUGUCCUGCCGGACUGGAUGCAGUGUUGGGCAAAACGAUCCGCUACGGUGUCGCAUUCCAUCAUGCCGGAUUGACCACCGAUGAACGCGAUAUUGUGGAGGGAUCGUUCCGGGAUGGGGCGGUGCGAGUGAUCGUGGCCACCAGUACGCUCAGCAGUGGCGUUAAUCUUCCGGCUCGUCGUGUAAUCGUACGGACGCCAAAGUUUGGUGGUCGGCCAAUUAACGCUCUUACUUACCGGCAGAUGAUUGGCCGGGCAGGACGUAAAGGGCGCGAUACGCUCGGUGAAUCCGUGCUGAUCUGUACACCGGCCGAGGAGAAGAUUGGCCGCGAGCUACUUGGCACUAGCGAGUUACCGCCUCUUCGAUCCUGUUUGGAUGCAGAUAACUAUACUCACCUCAAGCGUGCCGUACUGGAGAUUAUUGCAUCGGGAACGGCCACAACGGCACCGUUGUUGGAGGAUUUUGUCAACGCGACGCUCUACAGCUGCGAUCGAUCGUACCGGUUCUCCGUGGGUGAGCAACUUCUGGCCACUGUCACGACGACCAAGCAGAUGAGCAAGGACACGAAGAAUGUCUCGGUUCAAGCGGCCACUGGUGACGAUCCGGUCGCCAACUGCCUGGCCUUUCUGCUCGAAUACGAGUUCAUCCGAUUACAGGAAACGGAGGAGCGGACGGUGCUCACCGCUUCCCGGCUAGGACACGCCUGCCUCGCCGCUUCUCUACCCCCGAAAGAUGGCUUUCUGUUGUUCAGUGAAUUGCAACGGGCACGCCAAUGUUUCGUCCUCGAAUCGGAACUACACGCCGUGUACCUCGUCACACCGUACUCCGUCGCUUACCAGUGGCAACAGAUCGGGUGGAUGGAUUUCCUUGACCUCUGGGAACGGUUGCCAGCCUCCGCCAGGCGUGUCGGUGAGCUAGUCGGUGUCCGGGAGUCCUUCAUGGUACGGGCGAUGCGUGGUACCGGAGUGCUCGAUCAGCGUGCGCUUCAGAUUCACAAACGGUUCUACACUGCGCUCGCUCUGCUCGAUCUGGUCAACGAGGUGCCACUGUGUACGGUCGCAAAGCGGUUCCGGUGUUGCCGGGGUCUACUGCAGAGCUUACAACAGACGGCGGCCACUUUUGCCGGCAUCGUUGCGUCUUUCUGUGGCUCCCUGAACUGGACACUGCUUCACCUGAUUGUGGUACAGUUCCGGGAGCGACUGUUCUUCGGUGUCGCCCACGAGUUACUCGAUCUGAUGCGCAUUCCUUCGCUGAAUGGCCAACGGGCACGCUUGCUGUACGAUGCCGGUUUCCAGGGGUUAUUGCAGCUGGCGAAUGCGGAUCGGCAUGCGAUCGAAACGGUUCUGCACAACUGUGCCAGCUUCGAGACGGAACGGAUACGUGAAGGGGAGCAUGAGCAGGAGGCAGCGAAGAGGAAACAGUUACGCAAUCUCUUUCUCACUGGCCACGCCGGUAUGACGGUUCCGGAGGCAGCCCAUUUGCUAAUCCAUGAAGCACGCCAGUAUCUAGCGCUUGAAACGGGUCUUGAGAACCCCAAAUGGAACGUGGAAGGGCCAGAGGAAGAAAAGAAGGAGAAUGAGGAGCAAAUUGUGGGGGCGGAAGUGUCCUCCGACACACUACCACCAACCGUACCCAACACUCCCCCUUCGACCUCUCAUCAAACAUCAUCGUCGAGCGCUGCGUUAUCGCGUCUCGAUUCGAUCGAACAGUCGUCGAAUCAGUUCAACAACUCCCUGCUAAUGGGCCACCAGCUCCUGCAGGAUCACCACGGAAACGCUCCGGGAUCGAAGGAUGAAACGGUGCCUUAUAGCUCCCUAAAGAUCGUCGAUGUUUGCGAGGAUCGUACCACGUACAGUGGCUUCAUUGAUCGGCUCGCCAAUUGGAGCAGCAUCAGCUUGUCCCUUGGAGUGGCGCCUAAUCUGCGCCCCAAGAAACCGAUCACCAGGAUCGGUGGACAUCUUAUGCGUAGCGAUCGCGAUGCAGCAACAGACACACCUAUCGAGCAACGACUGUAUCCAGUGGAUGACGAUCGAUAUCUGGCUGGUUUGGCGAUCUACAAUUCCGGAGACGUAAACGAAACGAUCGAACCGAUCGUGUACUUUCUCGAUCUGCAACCUGCUAGCAACGGAGUGAACAUCCGGGACGAUGAAAAGCGAUCCUUGCUGCGUGAGCUACUCCGAAGGGAACAGCUUACCGUUACGAUGCUCGAUGCGAAGGAACAACUCCGGUUAAUGUUCGCUAUCGGAUUGUUACGGGCAUCCGGAACCGGUGCCAACUCCUGGGAUGAUCUACUCUGCUCGGUACAGGAUCCACGGGUGGCCUGCUGGUUACUGCAAACGGCCGACGAGCGAACGCUCACCCUCGAAGCGAUGAUCGAGCGUUACUGUCCCGAGGUGACCGGAACACCGAAACGAUUGGCCGACCUUGAAUGGGGCACCACACCGAAGGCGAUCGGUUACGGUUUGCAUCAUCACAGUCCAAUCGAUCCAAAGAAGCGGGCCACCGUGGAGUCCGUCAUCGUAAGCCAUCUGAUGCGCCCGGUUCGUAAGCUGCUGCAGCAAGUGGCCGGACUUGAGGCAUGCUUUCUGUCCCGCGAAAUGCCCGUUCAUGUCGUACUGGCACGCUCCGAGGUCUUUGGUUUCCCGGUCGAUCGCACAGCUCUCGGUACGUUGAUCGAGCGGCUGAAAGAGUGCCGCGAACGUAUCGCUACCGAUGCGCGCCUGCUGAACGGUGGCCGUCGGCUUGAUUUCGGUUCCUCGCGAGCCGUAGCCGCUGCCCUACGGUUAGCGGCAUCUCGUGAACGUCCCCGGACGGCCCGGCAAGUGCUGGAACGACUCGAAAAUCCACUGGCGGCGCUCGUCAUUGCGUACCGCAAGAUCGACAGUAAUCUCGCGCGCACAAUCGAACCCCUUUAUCGUAGCGUCCAUCCUCGGGGGACAAGGGUUCACGGACGGAGCCACUGUUUCACCAGCACCGGCCGGAUUACGAUGCACGAACCGAACCUUCAGACGGUGGUGAAAGACUUUACGGUACCGGCACCGUUGGCAGGUGGUAAGCGGGAGGGACGUGACCCGGAAGCGGUGGACGAGCAGUUUAGCUGUCGCAGCACCUUCAUCUGCACCGAUCCGACCCGGGUGCUACUGUCGGCUGACUUUUGUCAGCUUGAGCUCUGCAUACUGACGCACCUGUCUCAGGAUCGUCGCUUGAUGGAGGCCCUGAAUGCAUCUGAUGGCCCCGGAGGACGGCGGAAACCACAGGAUGUGUUCCGUUCGUUGGCAGCCCGCUGGCAUCAGCUCACCGACGUGUCGGAGGUCAGCGAGGAGCUCCGAUCACGUACGAAAGCGAUCGUGUACGGUGUAAUCUACGGUAUGGGAGCCCGAGCGAUGGCAGCCGAGCUACAGAUGGAAGAAGAAUCGGCCCGGACGCUGAUGGAACAGUUUCACCGGUCUUACCCGGACAUCCGGCGCUAUCAGGAACGGGUGAUCCGGUUAACGCGUCAGCUCGGCUACAUCGAAACACUGACUGGUCGGAGACGCUAUCUGCCGGCGAUUGGUACGGGAGCGGGGGCCGAUCCGGCAGCAAGGGCCGAAGCAGAACGGCAGGCCGUCUGUACCACGAUUCAGGGUUCGGCCGCUGACAUCCUUAAGAAUGCGAUCGUGCGCAUGGAGCGCAAUCUGCGAAAGUAUGGCGACGUGCUCGAUGUCGGUGCGAUUCAGCUCGUGUUGCAUCUGCACGAUGAGCUCGUGUAUGAGUUGCCCCGUGCGCAGCUUCCGAAGGUGGCCAAAAUUCUGCGCUCCAGUAUGGAGAACUGUGCCAAGCUGAGUGUGCCGUUGCGAGUGAAGCUGAAGGUGGGCGAUAGCUGGGGCACGAUGCGUGAACUCAACAGCAGUAGCGGCAGCAGCUGACCCCUGUUCCUCGAUGUGGCACGACAAAGGGAAAGGAAGCGGGAGCGAAGUAA